AUGCAGCCAACACAUCAUAAAAUUGACAGACCACAGGAAGGUUCAGGAAGGUUAAGAAACGAAAAGGGGGACAAGGACGGAAGUAUGCCUCGAAGGAAGCGUGGAUUGGUGUCCAAGUUGCCCUUUCUAGUUCGACUCUUGUAUGCCCUACCUUUGGCUCUUGUACUACUCGAGCGACUAUUGGUUCCUCUUCAGUUGUCCCGUAGUCCUUCGCCUUCAUACUUCAGUUUGGAAAAGUCAAAAGAUAACGAAAUACUGGAUAAUAAAAAUAUACCUGGGCUUACCGAAGUUACAAAAAACACAGGAGAUUGGAUGAGGUGUCCGUCGAAAACACGAAUGGUCCAGAAUCCCGUUGCCAAGCAUCGUCAAGGAUCAAAGAGUAAAAUACCGAUGUUUAUUCAUCAGACAGGGGAGACAAAGUGCUUAGCCCCAACCCUCUACGACACGAGUAGAGCCUGGCGGAAGUCAGUUGGAAAUGCCCACGAAUACUGGUUCCACGAUAUUCGUGCUGUCAACCGCUUGCUCAACCUUGGUUACCCUGAAUUCCCCUUACUUCGGAACGUCUUGAGGCGUUGCAUAAAGGGAUUUGGAAAAAUUUCGCUGUGGAAGUAUCUCGUACUCUACUCGUAUGGUGGCGUUUUCGCAGCACUAGGAUCUGUUCCAGAACAAACUAAUUUUGACAAGUCUAUGCUUGCAGAUGAAGAUGCGAUAUUUUUUGUUGGAAGCGAUCACAGCUCAUUGAUGCCCGACUUUAUGGCAGUUUCUCCCAGGCAUCCAUUGGUGUACUACAUAAUUCACCACUACCUUCUUGGUGUCUUAAUGACAACAAACACAGGUGAAGCCGAUCUCUAUCGCAACAUCGAUCUACAUGCAAUGAAUGCAGCAAUAGCUGAUUUCAUUGGGGACGCAGGAAUGAACUCAAGUGAGCUUGAGAUGGGGAAGACACUGCUGGGGACGGACGAUAGAACCAUCAUGCUUCUGGAUCACAAAGCGGAUACUGGAGGCAUUUUCAAAAGCGCAGGUGAAAAACACGUGUCAAGCAUGCUAGUGUUGGGAUCGAAAAGUUCGUCAAAAAGCCAUCAACCGAAUUGGAAUGAAUCUUGCAUGUCAGAAAUACUCUCAGACCUUGGAUGA